AGCCGGGCUCGCAUUGUGAGCGCUGUGAAAGCCGAGCCGCAUCUCGUCUCCAGCUUCGCUCGGCAGAGGCUGCAGCUUGGAAUCUCGCAAGUCCGACUGACUGCCUCGGGUCCGUCGCCGUCCCACGCAAAGACCUCGACCUGGGCUUCACUCCACCGGCUGCCCACCUUCGCGAAGCUCCAGCGCCCGUCGGCUUUUCGACCAGCCCAUUCAGACCUGAAGCCACUUUCUUCCGCGACACUCACCCGCAACACACAAUGGCUCACUUUAACAGAGGUCCCGCGUACGGUCUGACCGCCGAAGUACGAAACAAGAUCCUUCAAAAGUAUGACCCUCAGAAAGAGGAGGAAUUACGAAUCUGGAUUGAAGAAGUUACAGGCAGACGCUUGGGUGAGAACUUUCAAAUCAGCCUUAAGGAUGGUGUCAUUCUUUGCAUACUCAUGAACAAGCUGCAGCCUGAUUCUAUCAAGAAAAUCAAUGAAUCCAAAUUAAACUGGCACCAGCUGGAGAAUAUCAGUAACUUUAUUAAAGCCAUGCAGGUUUAUGGGAUGAAGCCACAUGACAUUUUUGAAGCGAAUGAUCUGUUUGAAAAUGGGAAUCUGACUCAAGUGCAGACGACACUUUUGGCCCUUGCGAGCCUGGCAAAAACUAAAGGCUUUCAGACGAGAAUGGAUAUUGGAGUUAAGUAUGCAGAUAAGCAAGAGAGGCACUUUGAAGAAGAAAAACUGAAGGCUGGACAAAGUGUAAUUGGGCUUCAGAUGGGAACCAACAAAUGUGCCAGCCAAGCGGGCAUGACUGCCUAUGGCACUCGAAGACACCUUUAUGAUCCAAAAACUCAUACUGAGAAGCCAUAUGAUCAAACAACCAUAAGCCUUCAGAUGGGGACAAACAAAGGUGCAAGUCAGGCUGGCAUGACAGCCCCAGGUACCAGAAGACACAUCUAUGACCAAAAGGUGUCAACAGAGAAGUGUGACACCUCCACAAUAUCAUUGCAGAUGGGCACCAAUAAAGGGGCUUCCCAAACGGGUAUGACUGUAUACGGCCUGGGACGACAAGUGUAUGACUCCAAAUAUUGUGCCACCCCAACUGAGCCUGUCAUUCACAAUGGAAGCCAGGGAACAAAUGGCUCGGAGUAUAGCGAUGGAGAUUACCAAGGUGACUAUGCAGGUGAAUACCCAGAUGAGUAUCCUGCAGAGUAUCAGGAUGAGUACCAAGGAGAUUACCGUGGUGAUUACUCUGAUCACGGUGUUGAUUAUUAAUGAUCAGUAUUAUGGCCCAUGAACUAGCUAGACAGCUUUGAUUUUGCUACAGUCUUCCAUGAAUUUAAAGGCCCUAAAGAUUGGAUUCCUGGCUUUUCUGUACACAGCUAAUCCAUAAAUCAGUAUUUUGCUGUCUUGCUUUUCUAGUUUUUCUUUCAUUGCCACGUGCUGGUAACAGUAAUUACCACUUUAAGUACUGGAGAUAAUUGAUUUUCACUCACUUGAAGGAAAGUUCCUAAAAGUCAACUUUUCAGAAUCCAUACCUAGCACCUCCCCACUUUUUAAAAUUUGGUGGAUUGAUUUUAUUUACCACAUUUAUACACAUUU